CAGCAACAGAGAAACCAAGACCUAGCAAAUCAACUCAAGAUGGCGUCCUCGUCGGCGCUGCUGGUUGCGGCGGUGUUGGCCGUGGUCGUGUGCGGCGCGCACGGCAUCGCCAAGGUUCCCUGUGGCCCCAACAUCACGGCGACCUACGUCAGCGAGUGGAAAGAUGCCAAGACGACGUGGUACGGCAAGCCGACGGGCGCCGGGCCCAAGGACAACGGCGGCGCCUGCGGGUACAAGGAGGUGGACAAGGCCCCCUUCUUCGGCAUGACCUCCUGCGGCAACGUCCCCAUCUUCAAGGACGGCCGCGGCUGCGGCUCCUGCUUCGAGCUCAAGUGCACCAAGCCCGAGGCCUGCUCCGGCGAGCCCACCAUCGUCACCAUCACCGACAAGAACGAGGAGCCCAUCGCGGCGUACCACUUCGACCUGUCCGGCCAUGCCUUCGGCACCAUGGCCAAGAAGGGCCAGGAGCAGAAGCUGCGCGACGCCGGCGAGGUGGAGAUCAAGUUCCGCCGCGUCAAGUGCAAGUACCCGGAGGGCACCAAGGUGAACUUCCACGUGGAGAAGGGCUCCAGCCCCAACUACCUCGCCCUGGUUGUCAAGUUCCUCCAGGGCGACGGCGACGUGGUGGCCGUGGACAUCAAGCCCAAGGGCAAGGACAAGUGGAUCGAGCUCAAGGAGUCGUGGGGAGCCGUUUGGAGGAUCGACACACCUGACAAGCUCAUCGGCCCAUUCUCCGUCCGCUACACCACCGAGGGCGGCACCAAGACCGUCGCCGAGGACGUCAUCCCCGAGGGCUGGAAGCCCGACACCUCCUACGAGACCAAGUGAAGUCAAGAACAAGAUGCAUGACUCUUCUCUUCCGGCCACCUUAAUUCAUUCAUUCAUUUUGGCUCAAGAAGAAGAAGAAGAAACCAGCUAGACGCACAUAUCAUAUAGGAGUCCUGCAUCUGCAUGCAUGACGAAGGUCAUUCGUGCUGUCUGUAUAGGGAGAGGGUCAUUCAUGCAUGGACACCUAAUACUUUGAGGCCCUGUUUGUUUCAUAAGUCCUAGGACUUUUUUAAGUCCCAACUUAUAAGUCAU